AUGUAUGUCGCGGCGCCACAUCGCAGUGAGGCGAGCAGCGGUGAGGCGAGCAGCGGUGAGGCGAGCAGACCUGAGCGCCGUGCUGCAGUGGCUGCAGGAGGAGACCGCCUUCCCCUUGACCUACCUCCCACCAACCCUCUCUCUCAUCCUCACUCCCCUCCUUUCAACCCCUCGUUUUCCUCCCAAAUCCCCACCCUUCGGCCCCUCCCCCUCCUCCCCACACCAGCAAGUGUCCCCUCUAAAACGCUACGCGCUGCUCAAGUUCCUCCUGGCAACCGCAGCCUUCAGCACCAUGUCGCGCCUCUCACCCUCUUCCCCUUCCCCCUUUCUCCCACCUCCCCCCCACCAGCAAGUGUCCCCUCUAAAACGCUACGCGCUGCUCAAGUUCCUCCUGGCACCGCAGCCUUCAGCACCAUGUCGCGCCUCUCACCCUCUUCCCCUUCCCCCUUUCUCCCACCUCCCCCCCACCAGCAAGUUUCCCCUCUAAAACGCUACGCCCUGCUGAAAUUCCUGCUGGCAACAGCAGCCUUCAGCACCAUGUCGCGGCGCCACAUCGCGGUGCGGAGAGCAGACCUGAGCGCCCAAGUGUCCCCUCUCAAGCGCUACGCCCUCCUCAAGUUCCUGCUGGCAACAGCAGCCUUCAGCACCAUGUCGCGGCGCCACAUCGCGGUGAGGCGAGCAGACCUGAGCGCCGUGCUGCAGUGGCUGCAGGAGGAGACCGCCAACGCGCCCGGGCACGAUCUGUCCAAUGAGGAGCUGCCAUCUGGCACGCUGCGCCGCACUGCCACUGUGGAUUCGACCAUUGCCACGGGGCUGAGUCUCAUCAGCCUGCC